CUGUCUCAGGCAGUUCACACUUUGUCUACACCGCGCAAAGAAGAGUCACUUUGGAAAAGAGUGCCUUUAUAUUUUCUUGUUGUUCUGUUAAAGAGAGACAGGAUGAAGCUGAUUCUGUUCUUCGUUAUCUCCUGCCUCGCCUUACAUAACGGAAAGGGAGCACCUAGGACUGCUGUGUAUAAGUUUGUGAGAUGUAACCCUGAGGGCGACCAGGCCAACUGUGUGACUCAACAAAGUCCAGAAAUGGCAUGGAGUCCAGACCUACCAGCCAAACUGCCUGCUUCUACUGCACAGUAUUUAGAGGCAGAGCCUGUGGAGGAUGAGAGUCCAGAGGAAGAUGAGGACAAGAUGGAUGAGUAUGAAGAGAUGGAAGAGGAAGAAACACCAAUGAUGAGUGAAAAGGGGGAGUCACCUGUGGUUGAGCAGCAAGAGGAAGGUUCUGGAGUUUAUGAAGGCUCUGCAACUGAAGGUGAAUUCGUGGCUGAUCAGGCCUCCAUAACUGGUGCAAGCGAGACAGGCUCUGGCGAGUCCUGGACAGAGAAAGACAGUGAGCUAAACAAAGGUUGGGAUACCAAGGCCAUGAGGCGAUUGUUCCCUAGCAGGUCUGAGGUUGGUGAGUCAAAACCAGCGGAGGAUGAGCUGAGAGAAGACCACCUUCUGCAGCUGUAGACUACUAACACAAACACACACACACACACACACACACACACACUGGCUUGCAUCUAUUUUAUAUCAAACCACUAUAGUAAAACAAAUUUUGAUUUACCACCUGGUGGUGGAAAAGCUCAGAGAUUGACAAAGGCCAGAUAUAUAUUUUGUAUCGUCAGUGCUAUUGAUGGGAGGUAGAACAACUGUAAACAAUGAAAAAGUAAAAGAAUGGUCUGCAUAAAUGAGACAUAUACACACUUUAGUUUAGUUUAAGAUGGCAGUGACCUGCAUUUGUCCUUUCAUGUGGUAAAGAUGUUGUAAAUUGGAAUAUGCUUUUUAAUAUGAACAUGUUACAACACAAAUAUGCUUUCAAAUAAUUUUAAUUCCAGUGCAAUAAGAUGUUGUCUAUGCAUUGCUCACUCUGUGCAGCUUUAGUUCCAACCAUCUUUUUAGAGCUAUGAGGCCUGUGUUACUUUAUAACAUACAAAAACAAAGACUUAUUUAUAUUAUUUGAUCCCUUUCUCUCAAAUGUUGUGACACUUUACAUUUACCCAGGAGGGUUAUGCAAUCACUUCUGGGAACUUCUGGUCUGCAAGGUUGAACACGAGAAUCUUGCAAACCCAAACCACUCAGGAAUGGAUUAACGCAAUGUCAACCGCUGUGAGCUGGAUCACAUACAAAAUAUGUAUUGUGCACAUGCAUUAAUUUUAACAUGCUUUGCCUUGUCUAAUUUGCAUUUGAAAUACUUCAAUCAAUAAAGGAUUUAUAACAACAGUA